UUGGUAUUUGCGGUUUAGAUCAUCAGAUCUUACGCAGGACAUGAUCACCUUGUGAAAUAGGAAGUGAAGAGCAUUUUUCAUUCUGUUGUUUCAGGUUGCAGCUGCGUUGGGUUUCAGACGGUUUUACUCUUGUUUCUGCUGCUGAAACUGAUCAUGGAGCUUCUGUGGAUGAUCCUGCCGGUGUUUCUGGUCUGUGCCGAGGCUGAGAAUGUGACUGAGGUGAAGGCAGAGCUGGGUCAAAAUGUCACCUUAACCUGCUCUGUGGAGGUUUCAGACAUCUACUGGUACAUGGAGAUCCACAAUCAGUUGAGAGUGCAGAUCCUCCGCACUUUUGGUAAAACAGACGAUAAUCCCAGCUACUGUGAUCCUGAGUUCAAAACCAAAUAUUCAGUCCUGGAAAACAGACUUGUGAUUACAAAUGUCACUGCAGAGGACUUCAGGUGUUACUUUUGUGCAAAGAAGCAAAAUGACUGCAUUCAUUUUGAGGGAACUAUCAGCCUCGUCUCAGACUCCAUCACUCCGUCCAACGUCUCCAAAACAAACAACAACCAGCAGCGCAUUCAGGGAAUAUGGCAGAGUCAGACGAUUCUUUUCAGCUCGUUUGCCCUGAACGGCCUCCUCGUGUUAUUGGUAAUAGAGCAGAAGUAUAGAUUGCAGCUCGUUGGAUGUAAAGUUUAUAUUCUUGGAGGCGAGCGGUUUCCUCCUGACUGUGACUCACCUGACGCUCUGUUGGCAGGUUUGUGUUUAACAUCUCUGUAUCCGAAAAGUAAGAAAUCCAAAUGCCAGGUGAAUGAGCCUUCAUCUCCGACCUCUGGGAACCCGGAGGCACCACAGUAUGAGGAGAUCGAGCUGAGAGUCCCUCCAGCUACUGCUCAAAUGGACUGUAUUUAUUACAAGGUUCAGCUUCCUCAUUCCAUGCUGCCACAACACUGACAGAGCCUGAACACCUAGACGUUAUCUGGACACCUGGACGUUACCUGGAUGUUACAUGAACACCUGGACGUUACCUGAAUAUCUAGACAUUAUGGGGUCACCUGGACAUUACCUGAACACCUGGACGUUACCUGAACACCUGGACGCUAGUCCACUCACCUGUAGCACGCUAUAUAUGUUGACAUUCAAGCAGUUUCCAAGAAGUGAGAGGAUUCUCUGCUGAACUACCUCAAAGCAACAAUUUGCAGUACAAAAAGGGUUUAUUCUUACAGUCCAGGUGUGUCUGACACCUCACUGUGAGACACACCUGGACUGUUUUUGAACUGAUGGAAGGUUUUCUUUGAGUGAAGCCAUGACGGUGGAGAAAAUAUAGAAAAUCUGAUGAAUAUUAAGGCAGUUAAACUUUUUUUUUUUUGAGGUCCAAGCAUGGAGAGACUCUGCAGCAACUUUCAACCAAACCUGGUCAGGUAGGGAGGUAGGUUUAAGGUGGUUUAACAUUUACAGUGGCUGAGCCAGAGUUUAUGAUGGUGUUGUGAUCAUGCUAUUUUUAAUUUAUGAAAAACUUGGGGUUAUGUGUAUGUUUAUUUAUUUUUUCUUUCUUUGUAUCUCUGGAUGACUCAAACAAUUAUGGAACAAUAACACCUGUCAAAAAACUCUUAAGAAUCAAUCGUAACUGCUACAUCUGUGAAAAUGUCACCAAAAUGUAGGAAAAACAGAGAAGAAUCUUUUAUAUAGUGGCCAAAUGAUAAGUUUAUUAUUCUGUGAAAUUCAUGGAAACAGAUUUCUGCAAGGAAAACAAAAAUAAACGGAUAAAAAGGUAGUUAUGAUAAGUUAAUAUACUCAAAGUGGAAAGUAAGGUAAGUUAAAAUAAUAAUUUUUAUAAUUAAAAUAAUUUAUGAGAUACUCAUAAAUUAUUGAGUAUUAUAAUCGUACAUAUGU